GGCCGUGAGGGGCCGGCAGAGCGCGCAGCCAUGGCGGGGGUGACCGGGUUUGUGGCGGUGCUGCUUGUGGCUCUGUUCUCCGCCGGCAUUGUGCGGGCCGCCGAGAACCGCCCGCGGCUCCUGGGGGCCCCGGAGGUCAUCGACAACCCCGAGAACGACGAGGGGCUCCAGCGGGCCCUGCAGUUCGCCAUGACGGCGUACAACAGGGCCAGCAACGACAUGUACUCCAGCCGGGUGGUGCGGAUCAUCAGCGCCAAGAAGCAGAUUGUGGCUGGAAUCAAGUACAUAAUGGAAGUUGAGAUUGCCCGGACAACUUGCACAAAGCCAGCAGCUGAUCUCCAGCACUGUGCUCUCCACGAUGAGCCGCAGAUGGCUAAGCGCACCACCUGCAAGUUCGUAGUGUUGAAUGUUCCUUGGCGAAACCAAAUUGAGCUACUGGACAGUCAGUGCCGGUGAACCUACCUUGAUUCCAGCAGAAACCAGCAACCAGUUGCUCAGAUUUAAAAGAAAAUGGCAAUAACACAAAUAGAGAUGGGCUUUAUCAACAGCUGUAACUCAGCUAAUUCUGUAUGCUUGUGCUAUGCAGAUUAAACCAUGUAACUUUACUUUUAAAGCACAGUAUGCUCUCAAUUCUUUCUUCUUUUGGAAUUAUUAUUUUAGAGCAGCUGUUUUGAUCUUUCUGCAGCUUUCCCAAUGAAGUCACUCCACCAGCAGAAUUCUGAUUAAAACCCUUGGUACCCCUGUUAAGUAACUACUGUAAACAUAAAAACUUAAUUAAU